AUGAAGGCAUUAACUGAGAUGAUCAGCAAUGCGGCGCCUGGUCGACGCGAGUCGUCGCCGUCGGCCAACGACACCGGCCAGGCGCAACAACAGGAUGCUCAGAAACAAGGUCGGAAGAGGCCUGCCGAAGGCGGAAGGGGAGACGGGGUCGAUUCAGCAAGUACUAAGCAGAGCAAGGGGGGAGAUGGGAGCCACGGCGUUGGCGCGGUGGGUCCUGGCGGCUCGCGGACUCAAGGUCAGAGCGUGGUCGACCAGCUCAAGAAAAAAGGGGCAGAGGUGAUAAGGUUGCACCGCAAGGGCGAUGGGAUCUGCAGUGCAGAUGGGGGCCCUGCCGAUGGGGUUGCCGCUCCAAACGCUGUACCAACAGCCCCGCCCUUGGUCCCCGACCAGGAGACCCCCACACCUCACGCGGCGGGAGAUGGCGGCGCCAGAGCCGUCAAGGGUCCGUCAGUUGGGGUGGCGGGGACGACGUCGACUCCCCUUGACCCCCCUGGGGCCAGCAGGGGGCCGGUCGGCCACUCGGCCGACAACAAAGUUAGGCCGGAGAUUGCGCUGACUCCUGCUCCAGCAGUCCGGACUGCCGCCACGGGCGACGCGAAGGACGCUGCGGCUAACCGCGAUGCUUCGGCCACCAGAAAGCCGGAUGCGCUCAGGGAACUGCUCCACCGCAUGGACACCCAUCGCAAGGACGUGCAACAGCCUCUCUCGGUUGAUGCUGCCCCUCUCGAAACAGCGCAUCUCUCGGUUGCUCCGCAAGUCGCCGCCGCUGUGUCCAACGCCCCACCUACCGCGCCUCAGGUCGCCGCCCGUCCUCCCGCGGACCCAAAGUCCGCAUUGCUUCGCGCCCGGUUAGGCGCACGUAGUGCGGCUGCACCAACACGUACUCGGCUGGCAGCCGGCUCAGGCGCAAAGCAGACGUCGGCAGGCGUGGCUGAUCCCAUACCCGGUGCAGCUGUUGUCGAUGCGGCGGCGGAGAAGGGCGUGAGUGCAGCCCUAGCCACCGGUGGCGGAGGCGACACGGCGCAUGUGGGGACCGCGGCGUGUCCCCCUGGUGGUUCAGCGGUGCCAAAGACGUCCAGUGGGACUAUCGGUGACGGAAAGGCGAAGCGGAAUGGGAAGGCCGACACAGGGACAGGGAGGGCGAGCUCGCAGAGGAUCACACGGGCGAACUCAGCUGCGGAGCAGAAUCAGGAAGAGAAGUCGGUCGGCAAGGGUACGUCGGCGAAGAAAGGGAAGGAGAAGGCCGCGGUCGGCGAGGGUAGGCCGGUGAAAAAGGGGAAGGAGAAGGAGAAGAAGAAGGAGCAGGCGGAGAAGGAGGCGGAGGAGAAGGAGAAGGGUCAGAAGGGUCAUGGCAUGGGCGACGGGUUAGGGUCGGUGGGCGAGAUUAAAGUGUUCAAUCACAAUCGGUACAUCGGCAAGUCACGCGUCAAGAUGGAACUGGCGUACCUGCACUCGAUUGCGUUCAUGGUCUAUGACGGUUACGUCAGCAAGGUCCUCAUGGACGAACUCACCGGCUUGAAGGACGCCGAGAUGGAGGAUUGGAGGAGGGUGUGGGAGGAGGUCAGGAUCCUGCCGACAGGGAUGUGGACGGUGAUAUGGGCACGGGGCGCGUACCUUCCACGAAAACGCGUCGUGGAGAAGACUGAGCUGGUGGCACAGGCAUGGGCGGCAUCGGCUUCUGCCUUGUGGUGCUUAGUCGAGAACGAUGACGCCUUCGUGGACGAUGCUGUGAGAGAGGGGAAGGCGGCGGCGAUGGUGGUCGGUGCAAGCGAGACGACCGCAGACGUCUUCAAAAAAAUCAUGAAGGCGGUGAUUCCGGCCGAGAUCGAGAGGGAGCAACCCCUCGGGGAGGUUGCGCACAACGUCGCGCCGGCGCUGCAGAGUGCCGCUCUGCAAAAGCUAUAUCCGGGGAGGGAUGCAGAAGUUGAAGCCGUCGUGGUCGCUAGAGCGAUGGUGGAGACCAUGGCAUUUUGGGGAAUGUGCCCCGUCGCCGGGCCGAAACUCGAGGAGGUCGGCAUCGUUGUGCCUUGUGACGCGCAGAUGGAGCAAGAUUUUAAAGAGAGGGGAAAGAAGGGGCAGAGGAGAAAGAAGGGGCAGAGGGGCAAGCAAGGCAAGGACAGCACGGAGAAGACGAAGGGGAAGAAGGGCAGGAAGGGCAAGGACAACACGGAUGCGUAG